UCAAUUAAGUGGGGAAAUUCCAAUGGAACUUGGAAAGUUGACUUCUCUAAUCAAGUUGAUUUUGAAUAAAAAUCAACUUUCUGCUAACAUACCUCUGGAAUUUGGUUUACUCAGUGAACUUGGGCUUCUUGACUUGUCUGCAAAUCGUUUGAACAAGUCAAUCCCAAAAAGUCUUGGCUAUUUGUCCAAAUUGUUUUACUUGAAUCUAGGUAACAAUCAACUCAGCCAAGAAAUUCCAGUUGAAUUGGGGAACCUGGGUCAACUGUCAGAGCUAGAUUUAAGUCAAAACUUGCUCAAAGGAGAGAUACCAUCUGAAAUCUGCAAUUUGAAUAGCUUGGAAAAGCUUAAUCUUUCCCGCAAUAAGCUUUCUGGCUUAAUUCCAAGCUGUUUUGAAGGGAUGAAUGGUUUGUCAAGCAUAGACAUAUCUUACAAUGAGUUGCAGGGUCCACUUCCUAACAGCAGAGCAUUUCAAAAUGCAUCCAUUGAAACGCUACGAGGGAACAAUGGAUUGUGUGGUAAUGUUAGAGGACUACCAUCUUGUGGACCUUUUCAGUCACACAAACAUGGAUUAGGAAAAAUCUGGGCUAUUGUGUUCCCUCUCUUUGGAGGACUUGUCCUCUUGAUUGUGGUAAUUGGAGUUUUCUUCAGUAAGAAAAGAAAGGAGUUACACAGACAGCAAAGUAGCGUGCACGCUCCUGGAUUAUUUUCAAUAUUGAAUUUUGAGGGAAAAUUGGUGUACGAAGAAAUCAUAAGAGCUACAAAUGAUUUUGAUUCUAGAUACUGUAUUGGUAGUGGUGGAUAUGGAAGUGUUUAUAGAGCAGAACUACCAUCAGGGGACAUUUUAGCUAUUAAGAAAUUUCACUCACAACACGUUGUAGAGAUGGGAGAUCAAAAAGCCUUCACAAGUGAAAUAAAGGCAUUGACAGAGAUACAACAUCGACAUAUUGUGAAAUUUUAUGGGUUUUGCUCGCAUAUUCGACACUCAUUUGUAAUUUAUGAAUUCCUUGAAAGAGGGAGCCUGGCCACAAUCUUAAGUAAUGAAGAAAAAGCAAAAGAAUUAGGUUGGAGUAAUAGAAUGAAUGUUAUAAAAGGUGUAGCCAAAGCUUUGUCCUACAUGCACCAUGAUUGUUCCCCACCAAUUGUCCACCGAGACAUAUCAAGCAAGAAUGUGUUGCUGGAUAUGGAAUACGAAGCUCAUGUUUCAGACUUUGGAACUGCCAAAUUUCUCAAGAAAGACUCAUCCAACUGGUCUGAACUUGCAGGGACGUAUGGAUAUAUUGCACCAGAGCUUGCUUACACAAUGAAUGUUACUGAGAAAUGCGAUGUUUAUAGCUUUGGAGUGUUAACACUAGAAAUAAUCAAAGGGAAUCAUCCUAGAGAUUUUCUUUCCUCAUUUCCAUCGCCGUCUUCCGUUGUGAAUUUAGCUCUCAAUGAUAUGUUGGAUCCACGACUUGCAGCUCCCUCUCGUGAUGUCCAAGACAAACUCAUAUCCAUUGUAGAGAUUGCUUUUUCUUGCUUAGAUGCCAACCCAGAAUCUAGGCCAACCAUGCAGAUUGUUUGUCAACAAUUAUGCACCUAAGCUUCCUGUCCUUCUCCAGCUAGGAUUUUACUUGGACCUGUGAGUGUUG